AUGGCUGGCGGCGAUGAGUUUUUCGACGAGUUUGGCCUGGCGCCUCACGAAGAGGUCCUGUUCUCAGAUGAGGACUUUCAGCGCCUGCGAGCCCUGUUCCUGGACAACAACCUCAGCCUUGAGGACCUCCACGCGCGCUACAAGGUGGCCCUCGAGGACAUACUGAAGGCCAAGGGCCGGACAGUAGAGUGGGCCCUGGAGAACCAUGCGCAGUACCCUUACUGCACUGCCUAUUCCAGCCUGUCAGACCUGGACCUCAUCCGCUCGGAGGCAGUGGCGGCCGCAAAGCAGUGCGGCAAGGUGCAGCCCAAGGAGGAGUGGACGCCGCCGCCGCCUGACGAGGAGCCGGAGACCGCGGCGGACUAUGAGUGA